AUGCACGCUUCGUCAAGUAGCCCGGCGGCUUUCCAAAACUCAGGGGGGUCCGCGGCUGAUGCUAAACGUCGCGUGGUCGAAAAUUUCCGCCCCAUGAGAGUGAUUGUCAUCGGCGCUGGCUUCUCCGGAAUUUAUUGUGGUGUUCGCAUACCAGAGCGACUGCGCAACGUCAGCUUAACGAUAUACGAGAAGAAUUCGGGCGUUGGGGGGACUUGGUACGAGAAUCGUUACCCUGGUUGCGCCUGCGAUAUUCCUGCACAUUCGUAUCAAUACACAUUUGCCCCCAAUCCUGAUUGGAGCCGAUUCUACGCCCCAGCAGCAGAAAUAUGCGCCUAUCUCAAAUCGGUAGUGCAGCGAUAUUCCGUCGAUCGAUUCAUCAAGCCAUUGCACAAAGUGAUUGAUGCGAGGUGGGAUGGGGCAACUUCGCAAUGGCAUGUCACUGUCGAGAACCUGAAGACUGGCGAGAUUGUGAUAGACAAAGCGGAUGUUGUCAUAAGUGCGCGAGGCACGCUGAACGAGAAGUCCUGGCCAGACAUCCCAGGGCUCAGCGAUAUGAAGAUUCCCAUCAUGCACUCCGCAGCAUGGGAUGAUAGUGUCGACUUCCGAAACAAGAAAAUCGGUAUCGUUGGUGGCGGGAGCAGCGCAAUUCAGAUUAUUCCCAACCUACAGCGAGUGCCUGGUGCGCAGUUGAGCUGCUUCAUUAGAAGCAAGACCUGGAUUUCCAGGCCUUUUGGCGACUCGGUGAUGAAAACCCUUGGAAUAGAGAAUACUGAUUUCUCACCAGAACAGAGGAAACGGUUUGCAACGGACGCUGAACAUUACUUAAACUUCCGGACCAUUAUCGAAAGAGAUGGUAACUCGAUUCACGACCUCACGCUGAAGGGCUCCGCCAAGCAAAAGCUUGCGCAGGACGACUUCAGGGCACUCAUGAAAGAGAAGCUGGCCACAAAGCCACAUAUUUUGGAGUCACUACUGCCAAAUUUUGGCGUGGGUUGCCGAAGAUUGACACCCGGCCCUGGGUACCUCGAAGCACUCUCGGAAGACAACGUCGACUUCAUCAACAAGCCUAUUUCCAAGGCUACGGAUACAGCGCUGGUGCUACGAAACGGAGAAAAGAAGGAGUUGGACAUUUUGGUCUGCGCUACAGGCUUUCAAACAUCCGCUCCUCCGCCGUUCCCGGUGACCGGGAGGAAUGGCCAAACCAUGCAGCAAAAGUUCGAGCCCUAUCCGGAAACCUAUCUGUCCCUGGCCACGGACGGUUUCCCCAACUACUUCAUGAUGCUGGGCCCGAAUGCCGCCAUCGGUACGGGCCCGCUGACAACAAUGAUAGAGAGGACCGGCGACUACAUCAUCAAGUGCAUCCGGAAACUUCAAAAGGAAGGCAUUUCAAGCAUGGAACCGAAGGCGGCUCGAGUGGACGACUUCUCGCGAAUCAUUGAUGAAUACUUCAAGGAUACUAUUUAUCUGGACGACUGCAGCAGCUGGUACAAAAGCAAGGGAGGCCGGGGCGAUCGAAUCACCGGGGUCUGGCCCGGCAGCGCGUUGCACGCCAUGGAGACUCUUCGCUCACCACGUUGGGAAGAUUUCGACUACGUGUACGCUGGGGACAAGGAUGGAGUGGAGAGCAACCGGCUAGCUUGGCUUGGGGAUGGCUGGUCCGCGCCGCAGAUUGAUCCUAGAGCAGGAGAAUUGGCACAUUUUCUGCAGCCGGGGUUGAUUGAUAUACCGGCGGAGCCUUUCCCGGAGGACACUGUCGAGUUUAGGCAGCUGGCAUUUUCUCAUUAG